ACGACUUCAAUAAAACCGGAUGCCAACAUUUUCACCUGUUGUCUGAGUCUGAUCUCUAACAGGACACACUGCAGUCUGUUCAGAGCAGCACACACACGUUUGUUUUUGAGGGAAAAAAAGCUUGAAAAUUUGACAUCUGCUGACUGGAUCAACAGACGGUCAACACUGAUCAGACAUGAAAGCUGUAGCUGGUCUGUUGUUGAUGUUCGGAGUCUGUCAUGGUGUGGAAACUUACUGUGAUGGCAGACAGGAUGGAGCUCAGUGUUAUGGAGCUUUGGGAGGAACUGUGGACAUCCAGCUGAUGGACAACACCUCAGAAAUACCUAGAUACCACUUGUUAAAGAAUUCAUUAAAAAUACUAGAUGUGAGAAAUAGUAAGCUUAUUACUAAUACCAUAUCGCAUAGGUCUCGCAUUUUUCCCAGUAAUGAAACAUUUAGGCUUAGUAACCUAAACAGGGAUGAUAGUGGUAAUUAUAACCUUAAAACCUUUGAUUCAGAUGGAAAAUCAUCAGGCGAGCGGACUUUACAGUUGUUUAUUCAAGCUCCUGUGUCCUCUGUCCUGCUGGUCUCUGAGUGUCUGUCCCAGGGAGAGAUGAGAGUGUCCUGCUCCUCUGAGGGAGGGGACAGUCCUCAGUACAGCUGGACUCUGGAUGGACGCACACUGACAGAUGCUGAGCUCCUUUCUGUAAAUAAUGAGAGUAACAUCAUCACUCUGAAACAGCACAUCUCAGGACAUCUGGUCUGUUCAGUCAGGAACAACGUCAGUUAUGUCUCCAAAGGAGAGAGAAUAUCUACCUGUGGCUUCAUUUUUAUUAACUGCACCUCAAUCAAUGGGACACAGACAUCAGGGUGGGUGUAUGAAGCCAAUAACACCCUGUGUACUGAACCAACAACAGAACCAAUGACCACACAAACUGCUGUGGAUAAGAAGACUGACAUAGUGUCAGUUAAACCCUCCACUAAUAUUAGACCCGUCAAUCAAAAUGAUAGCAGUGCUGACCUAUGGCACAUUAGAUAUUUGCCACUGAUCGGUGGUGUUCUCUCAGCACUGGUAAUUUUCGUAGUUGUGGGUGUAGCAGUCGUCUGUGCUAAGUGGGAAAAGCAAAACAACAGACCUACAAAACAGAAAGAAGAUGACCAGGAAGUAACCUACGCUGAUGUCAGGGUCAUGAAGCAACAGGGGAAGAGGGUGGAGCAAACAGCACAGGCGGAGGCAGAGGUGGAGUACGGCCAAGUCAAGUUUUCAAAGCGACCUCGGCACACUGAACUAAGAGGAGAUGACUGUAUGUACGCCAAGAUACAUAAAGUCAGGUGAUAUAAGUGGUCAGUGCUUUUACACAGACUGCACCAAUGAAGGUUCACAGAGGGAGGAGGUGAUGUCGUGAUCCUAGAGGUCCUUUAAUUUCUGUCUUUGUAUUCUGCUGAAUCUCUAACAGAACAAAGGUUAUAAUCAAAGUGAUCACAGCUUCAUCUUCAUGUUCAUUUCAAGUAAGAGCUUACAGUAAUAGAUUUAAGCAACACCAAAGUGCUUGUUAUAGACAUAUUACUCACAAUAUUGAUAAUUUUCUGGAUUUGUUUUAAACAUCUUGGCAUCUUAUUUGUACUUAGAAUUAUCUAAGAGAGUCAUGAUCCCUGGUUUUUGAGGUUUUGGGAUUUUUAGGUUUUCUCUAGUUUGGGAUUCUUGAUUAUCUUUCUGUUUGUUUUGUGCUUCUGUUCCAAAGGUUUUUAUGUUCAUUCUGGGUUUAGAGAUUAUAUUUCCUUUGAGCUCCAUAGUUUUCUGUUUAUCGGGUUAUGUUUAUGUUCCUUCUUAUCUUUUGUAUUUCCAUUCUGUUUCUUCAGUCUUAUCUUCGUGUAUAUCUCUUGUCUUUUCUGUCAAGGUUGCAUGUUUUGAGUCUGCCAUCUGUUACUUCCUGUUUUACUUUGGUGGUCUUUAGUCUCUUGUGCUUCGUGUGUAGUUCCACUUCCUGUGUCUAAUAAUCUGUAAUGUGUAUAUAUAUUGUCUCAGUACUUGCUUGCAGUCAAGCUGUGUGUUUCUCCUGUAAGGCACCUUUUGUUGGUAUAUCUGCUCCUGGUUUAUAUUAUCUUGUAUGGUUUCAGCAAUAAAGCCACUUUUCAGUUUUAAGUUCUGCUUUCCGAAUCUUGCGUUUGGGUCCUACUCUACCUGCUACACAGCCGACCUUGACAAAGCAGGUUUAGUACACAUGUCUGGAGUACAAACUUCUCAGUGCACUGAUUCAGCUCAGUCUCACUACAAACAUCCAGGAAUGUCUUUAUGUUUAAUGAGCUACCCUCACUAAUAACAGAUUGUACCUUUAUUGCAUGCUGAGCAUCAAAUGAUCCAACACAUAAUUUGGCAAUUUUAGAUUUUUACAUUGUUUCAACGUUCAACAAACAA